AGGUUAUGAUCACUUAUUUUAAACAAUAAUGUUUUUCAAAAGGAUUUCGUACCUAUUUAAGCAAAAGCAAAGUGUUUUCAAAGAUAUUAAAUUAUGUAGUUCCAGUGUUGUAAUUAAUAAUAUUGAAGAAUUGGAGCAGAAGCUACUGAAAGUAGCUAUAGUUGGUGUACCAAAUGUUGGAAAGAGUACUGUUAUUAAUCAUUUAAUGGAUAGAAAAGUAUGUCCAACAUCAUCAAAGGUGCAUACUACAAGGAAACGAGCCACUGCUAUUUUUACUGAAGGCGAUACCCAGGUAGUCUUUUUAGAUACACCAGGAUUGGUUAAUAUUAAAGAAUAUAAUAAAUACAAAUUAGAAAGAUCAUUUGUGAAGGAUCCAAAUGCAUCUUUACAGAAUGCUGAUAUUGUCGGAGUAAUUCAUGAUGUGAGCAAUCAGUAUACAAAGGAUAGGUUAGAUUUGAAAGUUAUCAAAUUGCUGGAAAAGCAUGUAAAAAAACCUAGUUUCCUAGUUUUAAACAAAAUAGAUAUGUUAAAAUCAAAAAGGAAAUUGUUAGAUAUAACAAGGCUUCUGACUGAGAAUAAAAUUAGAGGAGAGGAAAUUCCUGAUAAAGGUGAUUUCGAAAUGAACGAAGAUAGUCGAGGAUGGCCGAACUUUCAGGACAUAUUUAUGGUAUCAGCUUUAACAGGUGAUGGUUUGGAGGAUGUAAGAAAUUAUUUAUUGGAACAGGCGAAGCCCGGAAAAUGGCUUUACGAUGCGGAAGUUUGGUCUGAUCAACCACCAGAAACGAUCAUAUUAAAUACGGUGAAAGCUAAAUUCAUGGACUUCCUCAAUGAAGAAUUACCUUACGUUUUGGUGCCUGAAAUGGAGCUGUUCGAAGUAGAUGUUAACGGUGUUAUUAAAACGAUAGUCAAUGUUAGGUGUCCGAGUGUAAGGAAAGCUCAAUUGAUAGCUGGAGCUAAUGACGGGAGGUUGAAAAAUAUCACAGCAGCUGUUCAGAAAGACCUACAGCAGACUUUCCAGAAUUUCGUUAGGAUCAGUAUAUACUUGCAUGCGCUUCCGAAUAAAUAGAUUUUAUUGUACAAACAUAGAAAGAAAAAACAACGAUA